AUGAGCUCUGAACUGCCUAAUCUUCCAUUCCUCCAGCGUGAUCUAGGUUCACAUCGAGCCUCAUCAAGUCAUACUGAAAGUAGUUGUGACAGCGAUCAAUUUAGCGAUGUCGAUAACAUCCAAAUUGAACAGGAGGAAGAAGCGUCAAGCGACUUAGAAGUUGCAUUCGUUACUCGCUAUCGAAGACGACGGCAACGGAUUCACUUCAAUGUGGAACAGCUACAAACGGUCUAUCACCUGCCUCUAAAGACGGCAGCAGAGCGACUUGGAAUUUGUGAGGCAGCUCUCAAACGUAUCUGUAGACGUAAUCGAAUCAUCAAAUGGCCAUAUCGACAGUUAUCGUCUGUUCGUCGACGCAUCGCUGAGCUUGAGGACCGUCGUGCCGCAAUGCUCGAUCAAGGGGUCGUUGCUUUUAGUCCUGAACAUUCAAAUGUCAAGGACCAACUAAUAUUCAUAACGCCAGCUCAGUUCAACAAUAAAUUACGACGUCUACAAGAGGAAUAUGAGCAGAUAAUCCGAUUUGCUCACCAACGCUUUAGUCAAUCAAAAAAAGUUGCGGCUACCCUAUUAGUUCAACAACAAAAGCCACGGCCAGUUCCUGGUGAGUCGUUGACAUAUCACCUUCCCGGCGUUCAGAAAGAAAACGUUGAUUUUUCUUCCGAUUUCGAUCACAACUUUCCGCUACUGUUUUUAGCCAACGUGUGUGAGUCCAUCCAACCACAGAAGUAA